GACGCACCUCUCCGGACCUCAGCAUCCAGCAUCCCGGGGAGCUCGACAGACCAGCUGCGGGUUACGCAGGUGCAGUGUUUCUUUAUUCUAGCUGAGGCAGAGUUUGGUUCUCAUCAUGGGGGAACUAUUCAGGAGUGAGGAGAUGACCCUGGCCCAGCUCUUUCUCCAGUCAGAGGCAGCCUACUGCUGUGUCAGCGAGCUGGGAGAACUGGGCAUGGUCCAAUUUAGAGAUCUGAAUCCAGAUGUAAACGUGUUCCAGCGCAAGUUUGUGAAUGAAGUAAGGCGGUGUGAGGAGAUGGACAGGAAACUAAGGUUUGUGGAGAAGGAGAUCAAGAAAGCUAACAUCCCAACUGUGGACACUGGAGAAAAUCCAGAGGUGCCUUUUCCCAGGGACAUGAUUGAUCUAGAGGCCACCUUUGAGAAGCUGGAGAACGAACUGAAAGAGAUCAACACCAACCAGGAAGCCCUGAAGAAGAACUUCCUGGAGCUGACGGAGCUCAAACACAUCCUCCGUCGAACACAGCAGUUCUUUGAUGAGAUGGAGGAUCCCAACCUGCUGGAGGAGUCAUCAGCCCUGAUGGAGGGCAGUGAGGGGGGGCGUGGUGCCCCGCUCCGACUGGGGUUUGUGGCUGGAGUGAUCAGCAGGGAGAGGAUUCCAACGUUUGAGAGGAUGCUUUGGAGGGUGUGUCGCGGGAAUGUCUUCUUAAGGAAGGCAGAGAUUGAGGACCCUCUGGAGGACCCCACCACGGGAGACCAAGUCCACAAAUCAGUGUUUAUUAUCUUCUUCCAAGGUGACCAGCUCAAGAACAGGGUGAAGAAGAUCUGUGAGGGGUUCCGUGCCUCACUCUACCCGUGUCCAGAGACCCCACAGGAGAGGAAGGAAAUGCUGGCUGGAGUCAACAGCCGCAUCGAUGACCUCCAGAUGGUUCUAAACCAAACAGAGGACCACCGUCAGCGAGUGCUACAGGCCGCCUCCAAGACCAUGCGGGUGUGGUUCAUUAAGGUGAGGAAGAUGAAGGCCAUCUACCACACGCUCAACCUCUGCAACAUCGAUGUCACCCAGAAGUGUCUAAUUGCUGAGGUGUGGUGUCCUGUCUCAGACCUGGACUCCAUCCAGUUUGCUCUGCGCAGAGGGACGGAGAGAAGCGGCUCGACAGUGCCGUCCAUCCUCAACAGGAUGCAGACCAAGCAAACUCCACCUACCUUCAAUAAGACCAACAAGUUCACAUCAGGCUUCCAGAACAUCGUUGACGCAUACGGCAUUGGAAAUUACCGGGAAAUUAAUCCAGCUCCGUACACCAUCAUUACUUUCCCCUUCCUGUUUGCGGUGAUGUUUGGUGACAUGGGUCACGGUGUGCUGAUGACCUGUGCUGCCCUCUAUCUGGUCAUCCGAGAGACUCGCCUCCUCGCCCAGAAGAGCGACAAUGAGAUGUUCAACAUGGUGUUUGCUGGUCGCUACAUCAUCCUGCUGAUGGGGAUCUUCUCCAUCUACACUGGCAUCAUUUACAAUGACUGCUUCUCCAAGUCACUCAACAUGUUCGGCUCUGGAUGGAGCGUCAGGCCAAUGUUUGGCCCCAAAGGAGCCAACUGGACGUUUGAUACACUUGAUGGAAAUGCAGUUCUACAGUUAGACCCAGCAGUUCCUGGUGUGUUCAACGGGCCUUACCCACUUGGAAUUGACCCGAUCUGGAAUGUUGCCACCAACAAGUUGACCUUCCUCAACUCAUUUAAGAUGAAGAUGUCUGUGAUCCUGGGUGUCAUCCACAUGCUGUUUGGAGUGUCUCUCAGUCUCUUCAACCACCUGUACUUCAAGAAGCCGCUGAACAUCUUCCUGGGCUUCAUCCCAGAGAUUGUUUUUAUGGCGAGCCUGUUUGGCUACCUCAUUCUGCUGGUCUUCUACAAGUGGACAGCCUAUGACGCCUUCACCUCCAAGGACGCGCCCAGCCUGCUCAUCCACUUCAUCAACAUGUGUCUCUUCAAUUACAACGACCCCACCAACAAGCCCCUCUACAGGGGACAGAUGGGGAUCCAGAUUUUGUUGGUGCUGAUUGCGCUUGCAUGUGUACCCUGUAUGCUGAUUGUGAAAACUAUGGUGCUUCGGCGUCAGCACCUGUGGAAAAAGCACCUGUCCCAGAAGAGGGAAGAAACCCCUGCAGAGAAUCUAGAGCAGUCUUUAGAGCAAACAGGUGUGUCCUCAUCAUGCACCGGACUCACCCAACAGGGCACGCAGAAGUUCGGAGGGGUGCGGGUGGGCAACGGGCCCACGGAGGACGAAGCUGGCAUCAUGGACCACGACCAGCUCUCCCAGCACUCAGAGGAAGGAGAUGAGCACUCUGAGGAAGAGCCGUUUGACUUUGGUGAUGUAGCUGUCCACCAGGCCAUCCACACCAUAGAGUACUGUCUGGGAUGCAUCUCCAACACAGCCUCCUACCUGCGCCUCUGGGCCCUCAGCCUGGCUCAUGCACAGCUGUCAGAGGUGCUCUGGUCCAUGGUGAUGCACCUGGGUCUGUCCUCCAGGAGCGCUGGCGGGUUCUUUGGCCUGUCCAUCAUCUUCUCUGCCUUUGCCACGCUGACUGUUGCCAUCCUGCUCAUCAUGGAGGGGCUGUCAGCCUUCCUACAUGCACUGCGUCUACACUGGGUGGAGUUCCAGAACAAGUUCUACGUCGGCCAGGGCUUCAAGUUUGUCCCUUUCUCAUUUGAGAGCAUCCUGGAGGGACGAUUUGAUGAGUGAGCAGGCCUCAGCCCCUCUAGGAUGAGCCAGUAGAGUCCCCAGCCUUCCCUUCUCUCCUCGGUGUAUGUGAUUGUGUGUGUGCGUGCAUGAGAAGUGCAGCCCUCUGUCACCCUCUAGUGGUAAUUUGUGAAACUUGUGUAUGAGCUAUAAUGUAGUACUUGUUAAGGGUUUUUCCAGUGCACAUGUACCAAGCCGUACCAAUCCUUUAUAAUAUAAUACUGUAAGCAAAGGAUUUCAAGGAUUUCUCCUUGCCAAGAAAUCUGUCAAGGAGAUUCUGUAAUGCCAAUUAUAUGGAUAACUUCCUCUAUCUGUGAGAGGGACUGCUUACCUUGAUGCACCCAAACAUCUGUGCUUUCGCUGUCAGUGUAAAUGUGUUCAGAUCCACCACAGUUAUGAGGCAAUACAUAAAUCAGCUGUUGGAUCUGCCUGUAGCACCAAAUCUUUGCAUCUUGGUGUAAUGUCCUGUAGUGAGUCUACAUCAACAUUGCCUCUCCUAAUAAACUGCACUACAGUUUUGUUGGAAGAGCGUGUGGAACCAGGUUUUCUCAAUGUGGUUAGGUGUUGCCUGGAACUGAACCAGGAUCCAGAAUUGAAAUAAACUAUUUCAGACCUGUGGAAGGUAGCCUUCCUUACGUAUAUGUACAGCAUGGAACACUUGCAAUGGAAAAACCUUCAUCCUGCUCAUGAAAAAGACUGUAAGACCAGCUGUCUUACUCCUGUGUAAUCAGAGAGUUUACAAACAAACAUUGCAGAAAUCCCAGUGUUUACCCUGAGCUCGAUGUUUUACUGCACCUCAUGUACUCCAUCCAAAAGAAUUGACAAAUUAUCAAACAGUGCAAGGAAGUAAAGAAAUUGAGACAAAAGGCAGAAGAAUUGUUAUGGUACAUUCGUAUACAGUUAGAAUACAUUCCAUAGGUAAACACUGUAUCAAAAGCCCAGUCAUAAAUGCUGAGAUCUCUGAAUGCGGUGAUGUCGCUACAUAGGAGUCUUAAACACAAGCAGUCAAGAUAAAAUGUACUGUAGUUCCAAGAUCUCAACUAUUACUAAAAUUAAGAGUGAAGUUGGAAUGUGCUUAACUUCUGCCACAGCUACCACUCACUGCAGAGUUGUAGUACUGCCAUGAAAUACAAAGUGUUGUAUGGCCAGAAUUCAAUAUUCUAUAUAUUAUAUAACUAUGAAGCAAUCAGAGUACUCCCAGUAUUUGAUCAGUAGCCUACCCAAAAGUCACAUUUUUUAUUUCUACUUAAUUUGCCUAGAAACUCCACCAGUUUAUAGAAUGUAAGGAUCAGAUGUAUUGAUUUGUUAAUAUCUGACCAUGACCCAGUGUUGUUUUGAGAAGAGAAAACAGUAGUCCAUGAUGAGAUGAAGACAUGGUGUCCUAUGUGCUGUGAUUUGUAACUUCCCUCUCAGUUGUUGUUGGAAACCAGUUGAAGAGCUGAUCUGAUGCAUUUAUGCUAAAAUAUCUCAAAGAAUUGUGACACAAUGUUGUCCAUCCUUUGUUUUUGAAAAAUGUACACUACAUUUUCAACAUAUCUAAAGCUUUAAUUUUGAAACAGAAAGCAGCAUUUUUAAUAAAUUCUUCCAUCUGGUCACUACGCCCAUAAAGGGUUAAAGAAGGUGAUGAUUUAAAGUGUGCUGUGCUGAACCAUCUCUCUUCUGCUCAAACUGAGGCACAGGUUAGAUUCACAGUAACAAUCAUGGUAGUAUUUUUAUGAUUUCAUGGUUUGUUUUGUUUCAGAAAACAUGCUUUUUAAGUCUCUACAUCAGAUGUUUCAGUUUUAUUUGCAUUCUGAUGCCAAAAGGCUCCAGAGCAAACAACACAUGUCAGUGACUGGUGUUCUGGAAAGUGAUGUGUUUGUGAUCAAUAAUAAAUAGAGACCAGGGGAUUCA